CACACCUGUUCUGAACCGACCCUCCCACCUCCAACUUUUCACUCUCCGCAUCCCGUCUCCUCCAGACUAGAAGAGCUUCAGCAAACAUGGGUAACAUGGUGACAGAGAUCGUUGCCUUCCUCCUGACCAUUUCAGGCUGGAUCCUGGUGUCCUCCACCCUGGCUACAGACUACUGGAAGGUGUCCUCUGUGGAUGGGACUGUCAUCACCACAGCGACCUUUUGGUCCAACCUGUGGAAAACCUGUGUGACCGAUUCCACAGGUGUAUCUAACUGCAAGGACUUCCCAUCAAUGCUGGCUCUGGACGCCUACAUCCAGGUCUGCCGAGGUCUGAUGAUCGCUGCAGUGUGUCUGGGUUUCUUUGGCUCCAUUCUGGCCUUAGUAGGAAUGAAGUGCACAAAACUAGGAGGCACAGAGAGCACUAAGGCUCGACUGACUGUCCUCUCUGGCUGCCACUUCAUCCUCAGCGGAUUAUGCUGCAUGACCGCCUGCUCCAUAUAUGCUCACAGAAUCACAACGGACUUCUUUGACCCGCUCUUUGUUGCUCAGAAGUUUGAGCUGGGAGCAGCUUUGUUCAUCGGCUGGUCCGGAUCUGUGCUGUGUAUCUUAGGGGGACUUGUGUUCUGUCUCUCCAUGUCCGAAGGCUUCAUUGUCAGAAGUGAAUGCUUAUACAGCGGCACUGCAUCAUUUGUGACAGCGUGUAACAAGGACAAGAAGACAGACAAGAGCGUCCACAAAGAACAAGCUAAGCCUUCCCGGCAAUUUGGAAGAAACGCCUAUGUGUGAAAUUGGACAAGCUUGCUCAUUAUAAAUGAAUGGAUUCUUUCAUUUACCACUUUGCU